CUUUUACUCAAGUCUAAUGGCUGUCUUUUUCUGAUUUACUUGUUUGUGGAAAACACAUGCAACAUUCACCUAUUAUCAUGCACCAUGCAGGCAUGCACUACUUCGAUUAUUGUAAUCUACCUUUUUUUCUUUUCCUUUUUUUGCAUCAUAUAUUGUAUCUUCUGAAAUCAUCUUCAUAUCAAACAAGAACGACCCCAUCUAUCACGAAAAAAAGACUCCAUGGGAACACUUGCUGGACAUCUAGUCCCGGGUUCAGCUCUUGCACUCCUUGGCUUAUGGCACAUCAUCAAUACAAUCAAAUCCUACCACCUCAAAGGUCCGACCCACUUCAGAUCAAGCUUUUGGCACCCCUUUUGGAGCUCUAUCUCAAAGCUAGCAUACAUGGAGCUCAUUCUUAUUAUCUUUUUCUCCAUAUUUUCCAUUAUCAUGCAAGUUUUAGACUACCCUUUGUUCUCAUUCACUUUCAAGUUCAACAACUUCGAGCAUGCCACCAUGUUCCUCCAUCUUCUCAUAUAUUCGGGUUUUACCCUUUUUAGCGAACUCAAUAACAAAUCCGACACCCUAUUCGAGGUGUCAGGAAUCCUAGCUACUUCUGUUUUUGGUCAAGAACUUUUCUUACUCUAUUAUCACUCAACCGAUCAUGUUGGACUUGAGGGACAUUACCAUUGGUUAAUGCAACUUAUAGUGUUUAUCUCUCUUCUAUCAUCUUUAUCUGUCACCACUUUCCGAUCAAACUUUCCUUCAUCUCUAGUUCUUUCUAUAUCUGUUGCGUUUCAGGGGUUUUGGUUCAUUAACAUGGGAUUCAUGUUAUGGGUUCCUGAGUUUGCGCCCAAAGGGUGCACCAUAAGGUUGGGCCAUGGUGGUGACAGCGACAUGCAUGGUGCAGUCGUGUGUGGGACCCAUGAUGCGUUUUUAAGAGCUAGAGCACUUGCUAAUUUGCAGUUUAGUUGGAUACUUGCUGGGGUUUUGAUCUUUGUGGGAUGUGUAUGUUUAUUUUUUCCAAAAAAGAUUGCUAAUAGGGGUCAGUCGAUUCAGUAUGAAAGACUUCAUAGUAGAGUUGCUGAGGUCCCUCUCUCAGUUGUCGGAUUCAAGAACUAAAUACAUGUCUAAAUUGGCAAAAAUCAUUGAUGCUACUAAUGAAAUGAUCAGACUUUAUAAUAUAAUAUAUAUGAUUCUUGUGUUAUUGAUCAUUAUAGUUGAUUAGUUAUGGUUGAAUUUUGUUAUACAUAUAAGAAAGCAUAAAUGAUAUAUGGUAUUAUAUAACUUGUGCUCCAUACAUGUUUAUGAGUGAUUCUACAUGAAUGAACAAUGAAACAAAGAUACAAUUUUAGGAAAAAAGUGCAGAAAUCCCAAGAUUUCUUACUCUGCCUCUUCAACAGCUGCUUCGAUUCGGAGAAGAACAAAACCAACUGCAACUCCAACAAGAGUAAGUCCAUUCAUAAUUGCUGCUAUCUGGAAAAUCUCAGCGGCAGCAUUGCAGGUGGAGCUGAGUGCUCCGCCGCCGCCGGCGAUAUUCUUGGAUGAUGGCUUCUUCAUUGAGUAAACAAAGUUUGCGAAUUGCUGUUCGGUAGAAACGGGGAGUCCUAAUGCAGCGACGGUGUUCUGAGCUUUAAGGCCACCGAAUGAGUUGAGUCCCUUGAUGUAAGUGACUUUGGUUGAGGUGGUUCUCCCGGAAGAGCGGGUGGGAGCAACCACCGUCAAGUUGACCGGAGAUAAAGUGGCGGAGGCUGAGGCGGAUGCCAUUGGGAAGUGGAGAGAUUGGGUUAACAAUUCUGGUGGAUUUGGGAAGUUGAUUGAAAUCUAGAGAUGAUGAGUGGGUGAAGGGAGAAAAGGGAAAGAAAAGAAAGAUAUGUGGAUAAGGUGUUUUGAUGAA